CAGUAGGUGUUGAUCAUCAAUUGAUACAUCAAAGACCUUCGUCCGAGUUCGGAGCGUCAUGGAUAUGAGGAGACCUCCAUCAGCAUCCUUUCGUGCGGCCUUCGAAACCACAAGGCAAGUCUAGGUCAAGUACACCGUUGCUCCCUCUCCCGGUGCUGCUCCCACCUGCGGCGCAUGACCUUGAGUUGCACGUCCCAUAACCCAUCACCACUACAGUCCAAGAAACCUCUCACGCGAGCAAUCACGACCCAGUCCUCAGACCAACUCACGCGAGCAACCACAGCAACUAUGCCUGCCUCCGCUCCGUCCUCCGAAGGGCCCAGUCCCCACGACCUCAACUGUCUGACCAUCAAAGAGCUUGAAGCCCUCGCAUACGAACGCAUGGACAAGCAAACUCGCGACUAUUACAACGAGGGCGCCGACUCAGGCAGCACCCUCGCCGCAAACCUAUCCGCAUACCAGAAAUACCGCAUCCGCCCUCGCGUCCUCCGCGACAUAUCCAAGAUCGACACCACAACCUCUGUCUUCGGACAGACCAACGCCGCACCCAUCGGCGUCGCUCCCACAGCAAUGCAACGCCUCGCCCACUCGGACGGCGAGAUAGCCACAGCCAGAGCAUGCCGCGCUAGCGGCAUAGUAAUGGGCCUCAGCUCCUUCUCGACGUCUACCCUCGAGGACGUCGCCGAAGCCAACGGACCCAAUCCCCACGCUUUACAACUAUACCUGUUCGAAGAGCGCGAGCACUCCCGCAAACUCAUCAACCGCGCCAAAAAGGCAGGGUACAAAGCGGUCCUCCUGACAGUGGAUACACCAAUGUUGGGAAGGCGUAACCUCGAGAUCCGCAACCAAUUCAAAUUACCUUCCCACCUGUCCAUUCCCAAUUUCGCAGAACAAGGCGAGGACACCGAUUCAGCCGUGUCCAAUACCGACGCCAACACCGCUUCCGUGGAGCGCAAGCCGACGUCCAAACCUUCAGCCAAGACAAAGGCAAACACAAAAGAACGUCGAGCCAGCACAGCGGGCCGACUUGACGCAGACAGUAAGAAGCGCGUCUUGCCUUCGGGACCCAUCACAUUCCACACCCACGCCGCCAAUCCGACACUGAGCUGGGAAGAGUCGAUACCUUGGCUCAAGAAAGUCUGCGCGCCGAUGGAAGUAUGGGUCAAAGGUAUUGCGACCUCUGAAGACGCGCUACUGGCUGUUCACCAUGGCGUCGACGGGAUCAUCGUAUCGAAUCACGGCGGAAGGCAACUCAAUGGUGCGCUUGCCACCCUUGACGCACUGCCCGAAGUCGUCGCUGCUGUUCAGAAAAAGGUUCCCCUACACGUCGACGGCGGGAUCCGCCAUGGUACAGAUAUAUUCAAGGCGCUGGCUCUUGGCGCUGACUUCUGCUGGGUCGGACGGCCUGUACUGUGGGGUCUCGCAUAUAAAGGUGAGCAGGGCGUGGAGUUGUGCUUGAAGUUACUGCUGGACGAGUUUAGGCUGUGUAUGGGUCUAGCGGGCGUGACGUGCGUCAAGGAUAUCACGAAGGAAUUUCUGUGUAGGAUCGAUCGAGAUGGGUUUGCGAGUCGGCUGUAGUAUCGUCGAGCGCUAGGUCAUAAUUACUCGGAUGUGCUUGGUCUAAUCAUGGUCAUAAAAAUCGUCUAUCAUAGCUCAUAUGGAAUUGUACAUUUUUCCCUUUU